AUGUGUCCGGCGUCCAGAACUGCUCCCAAUUACGACGUCUGGUCUACUGUUGAGCCCACGAUUGAUGUCGAUGUCCUCAUGCCUAACGGAACCCUAAUUACCGUUAAUGUAAUGAAAGAAAUUACUUUUUCAGAGAUCAAAGAGAUACUAUUCGAAGAGGAGUGUCAGAAAGAGCCUCUAUUUGGUGCCCUUCACGACAAACAGACUUAUGUCUUCACUUAUGUCAAUAUGAGUACAUCUGGACAGCAAGAACUGGAUGACGAAGACGUUCGUCUGUGUGAUGUCUGUCCAUUUCUGGCAAUCCUAAGGCUGGUCGAGAGGAAGGGCGAUAAGGCGGCUCUUCAAUUAGACGCACAAAUCGGGUUACUUAUUGGCAAAAGUUUGAAAGAAUUUGAUUCACUUAAGAACCCAGAAGUGAAUGAUUUUAGAUUCAAAAUGAGGACCUAUGCCGAGGAUGUGACCCAACAAAGGGAGCAAAAGACUUGGAUUGAGAAAAUGAUUUAUCAGUACCCGAUUGGCAUUGAUUUCAGUCGAGAACUACCUAAAUAUCUGAAGGAAAGACUUACUAAAUGUCCCGAUAUUCCUAUCAAAUUACGGUUUGAGAACUCUUCGUUAUGUCUUGAGUUGUCUGUAAAAUAUGAUUUAAAAGCGGAAGAAAUAAUAGAGAUUGGGUUCGACACAGACUCAGAAGCUUAUGCCUCUGCCAGCGCUUACUUACUUAAAAUUAAUGGUCGACUCGAAUAUCUGUUAGGAGACUAUCAAUUGAUUCAAUACAAGGUAUUAAAAGUCAAAAUCGAUGAAGAGCCCAUAUAUUCAAUCCCAGACUUACCAAGAGUUAGGUCGCCUUCUGUCGUGUCGAUGUCUGGAACCACUAGAAGAAGGAAUCAAGUGAUCAGUUCGUGGACUAUCGAAAGAAAACUUGUGAUUCAUAUAAAAAGUGCCCAGCGUAUUUUUAAUUUAGACAAUACAAAAGUUGUGAUAAUGUGCGGUCUAUUCCACGGCGGGGAACCGCUAUGUGAUUAUCAGAUGUCUUCGGCCAUAAUACCCAAUGAAUUGGGAGAUGGCGUUUGGGAGGAAGACAUCUUCUUAGAUAUUAAAAUCUGUGAUAUCACACGAAUGGCAAGACUAUGCUUCUCAGUAGUGGCCAUCGGAAGCACAUCCAAGAAAGCCAAGUCUAAGCAGACGCCCAUCUCGUGGGCCAACACUACUAUAUUUGACUUCAAGAAUAUUCUGAAAGUCGGUUCAAUCACUCUCUCGAUGUGGAACUUCGAGAAUGUGGUCGAAGACACAGAAUUAGAACUGUUUAAUUCGUUGGGAACAGUGGUGUCCAACCCGUCCGUAGAACAGGCGACGUGUCUGACGAUUACAUUCAAUAAAUACUCUGAAGGCGAGACACAAAUCGCUUUCCCGACGAUGAGUGAAAUCCUGAAGGAGACGGCACUCAACAGAACCAUCGCUGACGGCAUCGAAGAGAGCGAAACCGAGGAUGAGAUGACUCCCUCUCGAAACACAAACACAAGACACGCGAGCAAACAGUUUGUCGAACAGAUCAAAGAGAUUUGUGACAGAGAUUUGUUGCAUAAGAUUACGGAUCAGGAAAGGGAGCUCUUGUGGUUCUUGAGGGAGGACUGUCGCAGUCUAUUACCACAUUCGUUGAACAAGUUAUUGAUUUCUCUCAAAUGGAAUAAUCAUAAAACAGUGGCACAAGUGUUGAGCUUUCUUCAGGAGUGGCCGAAACUGGUGCCCGAAAAGGCACUCGAGUUACUCGACUACGCCUACGCUGACUGUUGGGUCCGAAAGUUUGCCAUCGAGUGCUUGAAAGGCAUAACGGAUGAAGAAUUGUCAUUAUAUUUGCUGCAAUUGGUUCAGGCACUCAAAUACGAGUCUUACAUGUACUGUGAUUUAGUCCAUUUCCUGUUGGAGAGGGCCUAUAAUAACCAACGAAUCGGUCACUCGUUGUUUUGGUUACUUAGGAGUGAAAUGCAUGUCCCGGCGGUUUCCGUCGCUUUUGGACUCAUUCUUGAAGCCUACUGUAGGGGUGCUAUGGAUCACAUGCAGAUACUGGUGCGACAAAUGGAGGCAUUGAAUAAACUGAAACGAGUCAAUGAAAUCAUUAGAGACGAUAAGAGCAAAGAGAAUCGCGAGAAGAGAAUCAGUUUAAUGCAAGGCAUCAUCGGUCAGAAGUACUACGAGGAGGCGCUCCUCCAUAUCGUCAACCCCCUAAACCCGGUCUACAAACUGGGCUCUAUUCGCAUCAAUAAAUGCAAAUUCAUGGACUCAAAGAUGAAACCUCUUUGGCUGGUCUUCAAGAAUGAAGACGAAGACGCGUCCGACACUUAUCUCAUAUUCAAGAACGGAGACGACUUGAGACAAGACAUGUUGACUCUGCAGAUGAUUAGGAUUAUGGAUAAGUUAUGGAAAGACGAGGGACUGGACUUUCGUAUGAAUCCCUACCGAUGCAUAUCAACCGACCAUAACGUGGGUCUCAUUGAAGUCGUGUUAAACGCCGACACAAUAGCGAACAUACAGAAAGAGAAGGCCGUCUCAGCCAUCGCCGCCUUUAAGAAGGAAUCCCUUCUGUCGUGGCUUAAGGAACACAACCCCACAGAAGACAGUAUUAAUAAAUCCAUUGAGGAAUUCACGCUCAGUUGUGCCGGAUAUUGUGUGGCCACCUAUAUAUUAGGUGUGGCCGACCGGCACAACGACAACAUUAUGGUGACUAGAAAUGGACAGUUGUUUCACAUAGACUUCGGCCAUAUUUUGGGCAAAUUUAAGGAGAAGUUCGGUAUCCGUCGCGAGAGAGUGCCC